AUGUGGCUGUUGAAAAGUACCAAGAAUGACGGUCGUGAAUUUUAUAUCUUAGUUGGGAAAGAGUAUGUGAUUGGCAGGAAAGAUUGUUGCAUAUUGAUCCAGAAUGACCAAUCCAUUAGCAGAAAGCAUUCAGUACUUUCUGUUACUCACUCGGAAGCUAAUUUGUCACAUGUACAAAGACAAGCUACUCUGACGAUGAAAGAUUGUUCCAAGUAUGGUACAUUUCUAAAUGGAUGUAAAGUAGACAGUGGAUCGUCUAAUACAUUGAAGCAUGGUGACAUCAUUGUAUUUGGUUCCCUCAAGUCAAACGAAUGGAAAGUUUGUUACCGACCAUUGAUUGUCUGUAGCUCCUGCUUGGAUAGCACCGAAAAGAAGUUUGUGAAAUCGAAGCUGGUUAAACUUGGCGGCCAUAUGGUCAACGAGUGGACAAAAGACACUACAUUGCUUAUUAUGAGUAAACUCAAUGUCACUGUUAAGGUUAUAACCGCUCUCAUACUCUGCCAUCCGAUAGUCACUCCACAAUAUUUGGUGAACUUAAUUGACGCUAUGGAAGGCAAAGCAGACAUGCCUACUCCUAAAAAGUUUCUUCCAGUCUUAGUUGAUGCUGCGAUCAAGAAUGAUGAUGUCUCAUUUGCAGCUGAUGAAAGACGAAAACAAAUAUUUAAGAAUAAGACUUUUAUUUUCCUGACACAAAAACAGUUCAAGAGAUUGAACUUGACAGUGAGUUUUGGUGGAGGCAAGGCUAUUCUGAUGGAGGAAGGGAGUGAUGACGACGAUGAUGAUAUUCUUGUCACAGACAAUACUUGUGUAAUGUCUGCUGACCCUCAAGAUAGUUCACAAAAGCUAUCCCAGAAUGCCAAGGACUGGAUUUCACAUGUCAUGGACUACCUUAAAAACCAUAAUCUAAGAGCCAUUCAAGAUGCAGAGUUGGGUCUAGCUGUUCUGCACUGUUCCUGUCAAUUUCAUUGCAAUCCCAAUAUCUCACAAGCGGGUGUGAAUCUUCUCCAGCCUCUGCCGUCACAAACACUGGGUACACAAGAAAUUUUAGCAGCGGAUACGGAAACAUCACAGGUUUUCACGCAACACAGAACGCAAAACAUUCUGUCAAGAAGUUCUUUUGCCAUUCCCUCCACCAGUGAAAGUCAGAUAGCGAGUAAACGGUUGAGAGUAAAAAAAGAAAGGGUGUCUGGUAAUCAAGAGUCAUUAAAUCAGCGGACGACUGGUGUGAGUUCAGAGGGAGGGACUGAUAUUUCAAGAUUACCUGAAACUCCAGAGUCCAAAGGAAACAAAAUGAAAGCUGGUGCAAGGAAAAGGGAAAGAGAGGUUGAUACAGGAACAGCUGAUGAGGUUGGUGUGAGCAGUAUUAAACAGGAACCUCUAUUGUAUGAUUUGUCAGAAAUUCAGUCCAGCACAUCAGAGAGCAAUUUACAGAAUCUGACAGCUCCCAGAAAAAUAACUACAAUGGUUGAGGAAGAAGUUGUGAGACAAAGUCCGAGAAAGCGUGCGAGAAUAGCUGAAAAUCAACCUACAAUUUCAGAAACUCUGCAAAAAGCAGCGGUUGAGGAAAAACUCUUGAGGAAAAGUCCUAGAAAAGUAAACAAGGAGUUGGUCACUAUAAGUACGCCAACUAAAAGUUGGCAAAUAGAGAGUCACUCUAAAAAGCGAGAUGAUGAGAUUUGUGAUGGGAAUACUGGGACGAAAACUCUUUUAAAACAAGAAAGAAAUAACCACAAUGAAGAUGCGGCUGCCACCAGUAAAAGAAAGAGGCUGGAUAUCUCUGAUGAUGACGACGAGGGCCUAUGGAGGAAAAGACCAAAUAUAAAACAGGAAGUGGUCCAAGCUACAAGUGAAGACCAUUUACUUAAUGACAACCAAAGGCAGCCAUUCACUGGUGAUAUUCCACAAGGUUUUAUAACAACACUCAAAUCAAUCAAGGGUCAAUUUUUAGUGAAGACAAACACCGAGUACCAGAGAGAGGAAGAUCAACCAAGCAAACUCAUUGAAUUGGAAGAAAAAUCUUUGGUUGUAAGGCGGCCAAGACCACAAAAUAAAACACCGGUUGAGGGUGAUAAAGGUGUGAAGAAUUUCAAGAAAUUCAGAAAAUGUGGUUAUCCAGGAAUGACUCAAAGCUUGCCAAGGAUCAUUGGUGGUACUGACUUAGUGGCGCACAGUAAUAAGCCAGAGAGGGAAGUAGAGGAAUGGUUCAAAGGUCAAGUACAGGUUGACAGCCAGCAGGAUAAAUCCGAUAAUGUAGCUGAUGAUCUGUUUAACUGGCAGCCAAAGGGAAAGAAAGCCAGAAAACGAUGAUACAGUGCUUGCAAGAUAUCGUCUUUUCUAUUCUCAAGUGACAGUUAUGUGAUGAAGAUAUUAAACACAUUUAAUAUUGCUACAGUUUUGCUGCAUAUUGCUGAGAUCAUCAAUCUGUUGUGUCACAUGACGAGUCAUCAUUUUUGCCACAAGGAUUUGAUUUAAAACAAAUUGUCGCAUUGUUCUAGUGAAAUCAAUUUCAUUCAUUUGACGUAAUUUCCCAGAAUGCAUUACAUUGAAAUUCAGGCCACACUAUCAAUGAAUCAUCUCUUUUUG